AUGUCGCCCAAAAGUUUUUCCGAGAGAUCACGACGGCCCCGGCGGCGGCAGGAGGCUCUCGCGCGUGCCAAGACGGGCAGAGGAGGGAGAAAUGCUGGUAGGUUCUGCGCGAGAGGGCUGUUCGGCGACGGCGGGGGAGACGGCUUCCGGGCCGUGAGAAGGGUGGUGAAGCUGAACUCUGACAUCCAGAACCGGAGCGUCAGGGAGCUGCUGGAGCUGCUCGGCGACCAAAAAGGGAUCACAUCCGUACUGCUGCCUGCAAUCCUGCAUUUUGACCCGAAACAUUCUUGGCAGGACAUGUCCCUUCUUCUCCAUGCAAUGAUGGUCAGGCACCAUGUAUCUUUCGUGCUCAAACCGACGGAGAAGGAAGCAGGUUUCGACCUGGGCAUAAAAUGGUCUCUAUGUUUCAUUGGAAAUAAUUACUUGCAGGGGAAGAAGCUGCCUUGGGGCAUUGACUGCAAUGUCUCUACUUCUCACGUCUAUAGGGGCCUCUUGCUCAUCAGCCAAGUGAACAAGACAUGCGUGCCACUUCUUCAGGGGAUUCUUCAGAUCAUCCAGCAGAACUUGGACGCGGUAAUUUCGACCAUCGUGCACAAGGUUCUGCCAGAAGAUACUCUGGACGAGAAGAGCAGCAGCUCAACCAUUUGGUGCGUCAUCGUUGGCCUGGUGGUCAUGGUACUGUUCAACGCCAUGUUCAGGAACUUGUAG